AUGGGCGACUGGAGCUUCCUGGGGGAGUUCCUGGAGGAGGUGCACAAGCACUCCACGGUGAUCGGCAAGGUCUGGCUCACGGUGCUCUUCAUCUUCCGCAUGCUGGUGCUGGGCACGGCCGCCGAGUCCUCCUGGGGCGACGAGCAGGCGGACUUCCAGUGCGACACCAUGCAGCCGGGCUGCGAGAACGUGUGCUACGACCAGGCCUUCCCCAUCUCGCACAUCCGCUACUGGGUGCUGCAGAUCAUCUUCGUGUCCACGCCGUCGCUCGUGUACAUGGGCCACGCCAUGCACACGGUGCGCAUGCAGGAGAAGCGCCGGCUGCGCGAGGCCGCCCACGGGGCCAGCGAGGGCCAGGGCGCCGGCCCCUACGGGUACCCGGCGGCCGAGAAGACGGAGCUGUCCUGCUGGGAGGAGGCCAACGGCAAGAUCGUCCUGCAGGGCACGCUGCUCAACACCUACGUGUGCAGCAUCCUGAUCCGCACCACCAUGGAGGUGGCCUUCAUCGUGGGCCAGUACCUGCUCUACGGGAUCUUCCUGGACACGCUGCACGUCUGCCGCCGCAGCCCCUGCCCCCACCCCGUCAACUGCUACGUGUCGCGGCCCACGGAGAAGAACGUGUUCAUCGUCUUCAUGCUGGCCGUGGCCGGGCUGUCCCUCUUCCUCAGCCUGGCCGAGCUCUACCACCUGGGCUGGAAGAAGCUCAGGCCGCGGCUCGCCCGCGCGGGGCAGGGCAGGGCUGAGUGCCAGCUGCCCGGCCCCUCCACGGGCGCGGCCCCGGGCUGCACGCCGCCCCCCGACUUCAGCCAGUGCCUGGAGAACGGUCCUGGGGGCAAGUUCUUCAACCCCUUCAGCAACAGGAUGGCCUCCCAGCAGAACACGGACAACCUGGCCGCCGAGCAGGUGCGCGGCCAGGAGCAGAUGCCCGGGGAGGGGUUCAUUCACAUCCGCUACGCCCAGAAGCCCGAGGUCCCCAAUGGAGUCUCCCCGGGGCACGGCCUCCCCCAGGGCUACCAGAGGGACAAGCGCCGGCUCAGCAAGGCCAGCAGCAAGGCCAGGUCAGAUGACCUCUCAGUGUGA